UUAACAGAUUUGGGUGAGCAGUCCCCACAAUGCAACAGGAUACUACACUGUUUACGGGGAGGAGGCACUACAUGCUGACCACUUCAACACCAAGCUCAGCUUCGGUGACACUCAGACCGUUUGGGCUUCCUGAGGCACACGGAGUUGACGGAUGCCAAUGGAGAGCGUCAUGAUGCCCUCUACGUGGUGGGAUCACUGGAUGAAACUCUGGAGCUUAGGGGGAUGAGGUAUCACCCCAUUGACAUCGAGACCUCCGUUAUCCGUUCUCACAAGAGCAUAGCUGAAUGCGCGGUGUUCACGUGGACCAAUCUGCUGGUGGUGGUGGUGGAACUGGAGGGGUCCGAGCAGGAGGCUCUGGACUUGGUGGCCCUGGUCACCAACGUCGUCCUGGAGGAGCACUACCUCAUCGUAGGCGUGGUGGUGGUCGUCGACCCCGGCGUCAUCCCCAUCAACUCCAGAGGGGAGAAGCAGCGCAUGCACCUGAGAGAUGGAUUCCUCGCCGACCAGCUGGACCCCAUAUACGUGGCGUACAACAUGUGAAAUCGUGCAGGCCACUGGGGUUAUCGCACAACGGGAGGUAGCUGGAUGGUGUAUAUUCAGCUUCUGUUCAAAGGAGGAGCCGCCUCUUUUUUUUUCUCACAGCAAGAUGGAGAAAAGUUUACAGAAAGAAAUAGGAAUGACCAAACCUCCUGUCUGUUUCUCCCUGUGAUUUCUUGUGUCAGCAAAUAAGGUUCGGGUGUUAUCGAGGCAGGACAUUAUGACUCCCCUGAGAGCAGUGCAGCAGGUGGUUAAACUAAGUAUAAAACUACACUGUGCCAUUAAUAUAAUUUCGUUUGUAAAUCUAUGAAAUAAUGAAUGUUUGUUGUGUUUGCCAUACACUUGUGCCAUAGAACAGGACUGACUCCAGCACCUAAAUCCUGGCUCAGACAACCUCUAAAAUGCCCCACGUCUACAGAGCGUCUUGUGCCAUUCACAGCAUUUCCGAGUAUCUGCGCCCUAAGGUGAAACUCCUCCCCUCUGGUUUUGUUCAGUUCAGAUCAUUUCAUUAAUGAAUAAGCACACAGGAGGUUCGUUCCGGCAGUAACGUCAGUAACAAAACCCUGAUAAACGAUGUCGCGGUUCGACUUGUUUGUUCUUUUUUGUCUCAUAUGUAUAAUAUAAUUCUUGUUAAUGAGUGUGAAUGAGUGCAAACAGUACGUACAGAUCAUUUAAAGUCCUACGAUUACAAGGAAUAUGACAGUUGCUUUUUAGCAGCAACUUGCCAAAUGAUGAGGAUUACGCCUUAAGUAUUUUGCACCUGUUCCUAUCACAGUUCUCAUGUUUUUCUUAAUUUUGUUACUAUAGUUUGAUAGAAAGGAUAUAUGCAGAACGCUACAAGGCCCGCUCUUAUUGCACCCAAAGUCUUUCAUCUUUUUGCGAAGAUGAAUAGUUUUUUCCUAGCAUCUGACAUUAUAAUCACAUACUUUCUCCAUACAUUUUUUUUUAUUAAUGUACUGUGUCUCUCGUCAGUUGUUUAGGCUGUAGGAGGGGAUGAAAUGUUAUCAGGACUGGGUUUAAAAGAGAAUGUCGUAGCCAGAUUAUGAGACUAAAAUGCUGAACGGUUGUUUGAGACUAUUGUGUGGUGUAUGAUCUGUAUGACACAAGUGAUGCCCUUAAUCUCCCAUUUUAAGACUUUUAACUUUGUAAAGAUUCACGUCACUGUUUCACUAUGUUUUGUUUUUAAUAUUCAUGUCACCAACAGGCAGUGAAGCCUGCUGUAAGUAUGUACAGGAUUUGUGUAAAUUAUUAAUAGAUGGAGACGGCAGGAAAAGUAACAAACAGGACUGAAUCUGGUCAAUAUGUGAACUGCCCCCCACCCCCCCACACCAAACAAAAACCUGAAAUGGAUUCUCAUGUUUGGAGAGAUCGGGAAGAGGUGCGAAAAGCCAUGUAAACAUUUUUAUAUUACGAAUGAACAGAGGAAAUGGGAAAACUUCGAGGAUGAGACGAAGCACACUCCGAGCACAAGGAGAGGACAGUUCUGCUGUAAGGACUCCUGAGGUGUCGCAUCCUCCAGAGAAAACUUUUGUCGUUAACAUAUGGAAAGAUAGAUUUGUCUGAUAUAUGGUUAGUUGUCAUUAUUUUCAUAACAUGAUUUCUUAAUUAAUAAAAAAAAAGUGCUUUUAA